AUUUUCACGAAAGGCACUUUCCAUCAAAUUUGCAGUUUCUUGCCUGGUAGGCGCGGCCCCAGUUUUUUAUCGUUGCAGUAUCAUUUCGGCAAGUAAAUCAACUGCCAGAGCAGGCAUUGCUCCCAUGAAAUCAUAUGUCUCUAUCUGCAGAAAAGUUCCGCAGUGUUAACCCAAAGUAUCCCAUCCCUCAUUCCUGAGAUAACGACCAUCACCCCCCCCUUCUUCUUGAUAAAUGAUCAUUUUGCCUCUUACAAAUGCUCUUGUACGGACAGUGGCUGACGUGAGGCCUCUCACUGGUCCAUCUCUAUUUCCAUCAUCUCAUCCAUCCUCACCCGCUGGCCGAACAAACACACACCCACUCGCAAUCCUUUGUGAUAAUCCCUAAUUCGGUCCAAUCCAAUCCAAUCCAAUCCAAUCCAGUCCCGUCUUAUUAUUGUACAUUCAUACUAAUACUGCCCGCCUGCAAGCACUCUGCAGCAGAUCUGCACGCCAGCCUGAACGCGCCCACCCUAAUCCUUCAAUCCAACGUGGUGAGCGCGCACCCACUCGCGCUCCUCUUCUGCAGCACAUCACAUCGCAUCCACUUCAUACUGUUCCUAUCCUGUCCUGUCUCCCUGUCCUCAUAAUCCUCAGCCAGAUCUGACCUAGUCGCCCGACCCAUACCCGUACCCAGCAGCAAUAGCAUCCUGGUCGCUGGCCGCCGUUCCUAUUGCGCCGCUUGGUCCGCUGGUGUUGGAGAGUCGCGCUCGCCUGAAGAGUCCCCAGUCCCUUUGAACGUGCGACGUCAAUCAACCUCAUCCGGGCAUUUCGAAACUCUCCACCCAGCAGCACUGUCAGGCGCCACCCUCCACCACGGAUUCUGGAGCUGCCUCCUCCCUGCGACAGACUCCUGCUCUGCUGCUCUGCUGCCCUGUGUCCUCGUGCGCCUGGCUGUCGGCCAAUUGCUGCUGCGCUGACUGCAUUGUAGUCCUGUAGUCUCAGCCAUUGGGCGAUGUCGCAGCUUUCGCAACAGAACGAUGCUUCCGCCGAUGCCAAUGCUACCUCCAACUCACAACUGCAAUUCUUCCCUCAAGACAGCCCCACAGUAGGACGCUCGCAGGUCUACUCUCCAAACAACCCCUCGCCCAGGUCAGAGCCAGGGAAAAGGUACGUCGUGUCGUGUGUGCUGCUAUUUUUGAUUCGCAUUUCAUACACAACCACACCAAGCCGGUAUCGAAAGAGCGAGCUACCACAGCAAGCAAUCGCUACAAACGUGCGCUGACUUGGAUUUUCUUGUCUAGAUCUCUCCGCAAGGCUGCUCCUAGUCCUCUACAGACCAGCACGACUGCGACUUCUCCACCGAGCAGUGUCACUCCGACAAGAACUGCUUUUCCAAGAGCCGGCGUCGAUCAUUCUACUUCAUCGGCGAGUAUACAACAGUCUAUUCCCCAGUCACCCAAAUCGCCCAAGGAGCGUCUCGACGACCUUUUGGCCUCGGAACAGAGCUUCUACAGGUCCAAAGACUCGUCUGUCGAGUCAAAUCCGGAGGAGAGCAGGCCCAGAUACCCUCGCCCAAUACACGACACGAAUGGUACCUCGAGAAGCGUCUCCGAUCCUGUUAUAAUCUCUAAGCCCUCAGGAGGGCCGUCUUCUAGCACGAGACCGCCGAUGGCUUCGGCACAUCGUGUUGACAUGGCUCGAGGACCACCCCGGACAUCGUCGAUCGAUUCGGCGAUUUCGUCCAUAUCAGGCGGCACACAUUCGAAGAAGGGAUCGCAAGACUUACAGGCAGGAGGACCACCAGAUAUUGCGAACCUAAUACAGGCUGCAGGAUCCCCGGAGGCUGUCAUUCAAUACUUGCUGAAGGAGAAGGCAUCUCAAGCGUCACAGAACUCACAGUUAUGGCGUCUGGUGGACAAGCAACGAGCCAUGAUCCUAGGCCUGAAUAAGGAUCUUGAGCGGGCAUUGAAGGAUAAGGAACGGUACCGGAAGAAGUUAAAAGAAAGCCUGGCACAAAUAUCGAAUCCUUCCCCAGUGGACUCAACACAAGGGCUGGGCUCGGAAGUUGGAUCGAUAUCUUCUGAUACGAAGCCUGUGGCAGAAGUGAAGGCAAAUAAUGUUGGAUCUAUGGUGUCUGCUGGUUUGAGGGAGCCGGAACAAGAUCAACCACCGUCGCCGAUUGAUGUUGCUCUCGCACCAUAUCCUAUUACACCUCCAGCCAUGAUGACUAUUCAGACACCUGGAAUGUCCAAUAUGGUUGAAGCCGAGCAUAAGAUGCCUUCACCGACGCAGCAUGCUUUCCAACAGUACAACCCAGAUGCACCUGCACCAGGAUUUGAGGCUGGCCAACAACAGCGCAAGGCAAACGAGGUGGCUAGAGAGGUACCAUACAAUGCGUCCCUUCCACCGUCAAGAAGUCUGCCCUCCAACCCACCAAGAGGACCGCCUCCAAGCGUGCCACCACCGAGGACCCCCAUGUCCAGUCAAGGCCCUUCUGUAAAUUUAAUAGAACCUUCUCCUAAUCCAGACGAAGGACUUAGAUCGUUUCCAACACCACCAAGGAAAGCACCACCAGCACCCUUAAAUCUUGGAAAGCAGAGUAAAGCCAGUUCUCACCUUCGUCAGGCCUCUGGCACUGGAGAGGAGACUGACUCGGAUUACGAUGACAUUCUGGAGGUUGACGAAUUACCCACAUUCACUGAAAGAGGUCGCCGAAAGACAAGGGAAGAAGAUGAUAGAGAGCGAGAGAUCGCAGCAAUGAAAGAUGCGGAAAUGAGGAGCCUUUCGAAGAAAAGCGGCAAAAGCACACCAAAGUCUCGACCAACGACUCCAAAGGAAGGUUCCUUUGCACACUUGGCAGAUCCUAUGCCAACAAGCCCUCGACAAACCGUUCAGAUUUCACCACCAGAUGCUCACACGCGUCAUUUGUCUCCCCCAGAUCCUAACGCAGGGUCCUUGGCAGGUAUACUCAAUGAAGCUUCCGGGGUCGUUUCACCACCUCUGCUGAGUCCCGGGUUACCCAUGAGUCCACGACCAGCAGAUAGGCCGAUGAAUUCUCCCAUGCCGCGAAAUCUGUCCAACCAUUCUUCCACAGUAAACUCGCCCCCAAUGUCGCCUCGUGGGAUGGGUGCUUUCCCAGGCGCUGUUCCUUUAUCUCCAAGAGCACCAAGACAACCGAUACCUUUGCCGCCCAAUACUCCAAUGUCGAUUGGUUCUCCCGGUCUUCCUAAAGGCGAGCCUUUGUAUCUCGUCUCUCCUAAAGCCCUGGCGAUAUCCAAACGCACUGGAGAGUCUGAAUCCAGUCCGAAAGAACGAAUCUCACCUGUCCAACAGAGCCCUGGUCCAAAUUCGAUAUACAUGGGAUUAGUCACCGAAGAAUAUCCUGAUCUACUCCUUCCGCCCAAUGCGCUCCCAUCAAUUCAUGUUAGAGUAGCCUCCUCACGCCUGAAGCCAUCCAGAGCAAGUAUCAUGUUCCCCCGGAAUAUCGAAGAAGAUCCUGUCUUUACACUCGCCGUUUUCGCCAGAUCAGAUGGGAGAGAACUUUGGAGAGUGGAGAAGGAUUCGACUUCUCUAGCCAACUUGGACCAGACCUUGAAGCAAUCCAACACGUUCACAGCCAAAACACCAGAGAGAUCUUUAUUCAAUGGUCAUGCACCCGCAAAAGUGGAUGCUCGCCGAGCCGCAUUGGAUAAGUAUCUUGACGAAAUCUUGGACACUCAGAUGGACCUAGCUUCAGCUCUGGAGAUCUGCCGUUAUCUGUCGACCAAUACUAUGGAGCCAUAUGCGGACGAGUUGGCCCAAGGUGGUGAUUCGGCUAGCGAGAGUCCUGUAAAGACAGGGCCAGGUGGCAGACCAUUGAAGAAUGGAUACUUGACCAAGAGAGGAAAGAAUUUCGGAGGCUGGAAGGCUCGCUACUUUGUACUGGAUGGUCCAGUCUUCAAAUAUUACGAGUCACCUGGUGGGCCACAUUUGGGAGCAAUCAAGUUGCAGAACGCUCAAAUUGGCAAGCAACAACAGCAAGCUGACAAUCACUCGCCAUCUCGUGGCGAUGCCGACGAUGUUGACAACCAAUAUCGACACGCUUUCUUGAUUCUCGAGCCAAAGCGAAAAGAUUCUUCCAGUCUCGUCAGACAUGUCCUGUGUGCUGAGAGCGACCAAGAGCGUGACCAGUGGGUUGAGGCACUGCUCCUGUACGUUGACUUUAAGGAUGAUGAAGACGAUGAUCGUUCGGUUUCAUCGAGGCAGCAGCAUGAUCGCACAGACUCAAACGGUUCUGCACACCUCAGUGGUGGGAAGUCAAAGAAAAAGCUGUAUGCGGGCCAAGGUAGAAGUCAGACCAUGCCAGAUCUCACAGAUGACGGCCUCCGUGGUAUGAGCUAUGAGAACACGAAGCAAGGCAGCAUGCCAUCGGGAUCGCGACUGAAGAAUUCAGGCACUCCAUCGCCUCCGACUCAUGGAUAUGAGCGUGAUCCAAUAAGCCAAAUGCCACAUUCUCAAUCCACCAAGAAUAUUUCUGGUCCCAAGAAUGCUCAAGUCAUCCAGGAUUCUUCAUCAUGGGGCAACAGACGAAACAUGCUGGCACCUGCCGCUGCAGAUGACAGGAUCAAGCAAAAGAAGCGCAGCUUUUUCGGAUUCGGUUCGAAGCCUCGAGCGUCCUUUGAUAAUACAAACGAGGGCAAUGACUCAAGCACCAGUCUGACACAGAUGGCUUAUGACCAGCAUGGACCUAUCCGGCCAGUCUUUGGUUCUCCUCUUGGAGAAGCUGUGAGGUACAAUCAUCCUGCUGAUGUUCAGAUUGAACUUCCCGCUGUUGUUUACCGCUGCAUUGAGUACCUGGACGCCAAAAAUGCUGCAGGCGAAGAAGGCAUCUUCAGAUUGAGUGGAUCUAAUGUUGUUAUCAAACAACUACGAGAGCGUUUCAAUGUCGAAGGAGAUGUCAAUCUCGUGACAGACGACCAAUAUUACGAUAUCCAUGCGGUUGCUUCACUUCUGAAGUUGUACCUAAGAGAGCUACCAACUACUAUUUUGACGAGAGAGCUCCAUCUCGAGUUUCUUGCUGUCACCGAGUUGCACGAUGUCAACGAGAAGGUCAGCGCGCUGAAUGGUCUCGUUCACAGACUUCCAAGAGCCAAUAAUGCACUCCUCCGAUACCUCUCUGGUUUCCUGAUCAAUAUCAUCAACCAUGCCGACACUAACAAGAUGACUGUGCGUAACGUGGGUAUUGUCUUUUCGCCGACACUGAACAUUCCCGCCCCUGUCUUUGCGUUGUUUUUGCAGCAGUAUGAUGGUAUUUUUGGUGAGGAGCCAGAUGACCAUGAUGGACCUGUUGAGGUGACCGUUACUGCCCCUCCCUUAACACCAGAGGAUAUUCGCUCUCCACGCCGUCAAAAGUUCCAGGAGUUACCAACUCCUUCCUAUGAUCAGCAAUCCUUCCCGAAAGCUCAAGCUCCUCAGCACUAUCAGCAGCAACAGCAGCGUGGAAACUAUGACACUGGUUUUACUCCGCUCCAGCCCAGCUACGAACCACUCAGAGGCUUCUCAACCAUGGCCGGCCCGGAAUAUGGCAGACCGCAGCAGCAAACAUUAGCUGGACCAGCAUACGACCAAUUCGCUGGUGGCCAAGGCUAUAGACAACAGCAAUAUGGCUCCGAGAAUUCCCAAGGCAACAGCAAAUCCAAAAGGCGUGAGAGCAGUAUGUUCGGCAUGAAUAUGAACAUGGGUCUUGGGCAGCGCAAGCCCAGCAAUAACAAGUUGAGAGAUGACUCUCGUCUUGUUGAUGAACAGUCCUUCUUCGACUGAAGACUCGGUCAGUACACAGGACAGGUGGGCGUUUUACGAAGGGAGAGUAUGCAGAUGCAUCCUGCUCGGUAUGCUACAUCGUCUGCAGAAGCAUGCAAUUGAAGCAUAGAGGGACAACAACUUUGGACUGGUGCCAAAGUUGUUGUCAUGGAUUCUCACACAUAUGAACGAAACAAACGAAACCAACAAGUCGGUCAUUACACGACCGAUCUUACUGUAAUACUUAAUGAAACACGUCCUUCCUCCUCACCCACCUCCUACACCAUGGACUCCCACCACCACAACCAACACAUUACCAACCCAUCUGUACAUUACACCAGCAUCAAAGCAUGAGGGCAUUGUUUACGACCUCCUGUUUCUGCAAAUUGCGCAUUGCUUUCCAAUCAGUCAAGCAAAUCAUUCAUCAUUUGUCGGCGGAUUCUACAUUCUCAUUCGGUUUCUUCACUUCUUCUUUUUUCAGCAAUAGCGCAUUCAGCAUCCCGCGCAUUCGUCCGUCAGCAGAGGAGGUUAUACCCAGAUCGCCCAAUUAUUUUUCGUGCUGUUUUUAUUUUAGGAAGUGCUGGGAGUCCAUACUAUUUUUAGAAAUGCUUUGUUGUAUGGUGUGUGGGUUUUUUGGGGGGUGUUUGCGGCUUUGCGGGUUUGUUUCUUGGUGGUGGGAUGUGCGAGAGGAGAGGUACUUGGGAUAUGGAUGGACGCAUGCAUGAAAGGACGGAGGAGGCCCAGGAGGGGUUAGGACGGGAUGAAUGGAUACCCGUCCUGUGUAUGUGUACGAUUUGGACUGGAACGAAUGGACGGAGGGACGGACGACAUGGGAGUUUGUCGUUCGUUAAUAGGUGGCUAUAUCCGGACUAGGAGGUUACAUUCGAUGAGCAUCUGGGGAGAACGGAUGAGAUGUGUUUGUACCUAGUCGUUGAUAUGAGAAUGACGCGGAUGUUGAUGAGCUGAGAUGAGAUGGCAAUGAAAUA